CUGUGUCCCUCGGACACAGCGGAUCACUGAUCACGGAAAGAGCUGAAGAAGUCGGCUCGGUCAUGUGAUCAGCUGUGUCCAAUCACAGCUGAUCACAUGUAAACAGGGAAAUGCCGGUUAUCAGCAUUUCUCUCCUAACGAGCUGUCACUCUGACAGAGAGGAGACCCGGGGACAUGUACACUGAUCAUCAGGGCACUGAUGAUCAGUGUAGCCCCAGCAGUGCCACCUGUCAGUGUCCAUCAGUGCCUUGUGUCAGUGCCUCGUGCCAGUGCCCAUCAAUGCCACAUAUCGGUGCCCAUCUGAGCUGCCUAUCAGAGCUGCCAAUCAGUGCUGCCUAUCAGUGCCAUUUAUUAGUGCCAUGUAUCAGUGCUGCCUUUCAGUGCCCAUCAGUGAUGCCUGUCAAUGCUUAUCAGUGCCACCUACCAGUGCCUCCUCAUCAG